ACAUCCAGACUCGAAAUCAGAGCGUUUUAUAUAUAUAUCUGAGCUUCGCAUUUGCCGAUCUUGAACGGGCUUGAUACCGUCGGUUAGCAUAAUCUUUUGAUAUAGCUCGCCAGUCGACCUGUAUGUCGUGAACAUGAUCGCCAAAUCUGGGUUUGAGUUGGGCUUCUCGAAGCCGAGUGCCAAUUUGGAGAUUGAGGCUCAAAAACACCUGAGUCUGUCGGAUUUUGUACAAAAUCCGAGAUGUGAAUAUCAGGGGAUCCGAGCCGCGAUCGUCUCGAAGAGGACAGUUGCACGACCGAAGCAUGGUCUGAGCCCAGCAUCGGUUAGCACUUGGCUAGUACGCGACGCUGCUCCACGCUACUGUUUCGGAGCAUCACAUUGAGUGCAUGGACUUGACCCUGCUUGACCCAACCCAACUUGACCUGCUUAUCAUGGAAAGUCGCAGUGACGUGCCUUCUCCUACGUGUGUGGUUCGGGAUAUCGCUUUCUGAGCCCUUAUCGGCUUCAUCAACAUAACGAUUUGCAUGGCGAGAUCGCGUAUUGUUCUAAGGAAGAACUGCCAACUUCCGAGCGCUUGCAUGAAACCUUUCCGCUGAUCUGAACAGUCACUUUCAAAAUCCUAGUUGAUAGAAAAUUUUCUGGUUCCCGUAUUUGAAGUUCGACUCCCUGACAGUUGUUUGAUAGGUGAAUUCCUGGGGUGAGAUAAAUCAGAACAAGUCGGAAAGGCUGAACGUGAACGUUGU